UUUAUUUCUGAACUUUCAAAUAUUAAAAGUCUCUCAUGCCGGUUAAAAAAGAGUCCAACGCGGAGCUGGACCUCGAUUGGAGAUGUCGGGAUGGAAGUAGUCUCGUGGCAAGUUUGCAGCCAAAGCCGGAUCCCCAGAAAACUGGUAAUUAUCGCAAAGCAAAAGUUUCUACGACUGUAUCGAUUCCAACUGCAAAGGCUACCGGGAAUGCUCCGAAAUACCUGCCACCACAUCUUCGUAACAGGCAGGAGAGCGAGAACAAAGAAGAGGAUGACGAAUCAGAAUGCAAUUCUGAUACUGAAAAGCAUAGCGUAAUCUCUGAUCAAUUCUCUGACAGUGUAGAUGAAACGUCGGUCAAGAAAAUUCGAAUCCAUUGGCGCGGUCGUCGUUGGACCAGAGGCAUAGAGUGUAUUGGUGUUCAAGUUGACUCACAGAUCACUAGAUACUCAAAACUUGAUGAUAAAUGCGUCAGAAAGUCGAAUAGCGGAAGAGAAACCACUCAAACCGGGUGCAUUUCGGAUUUCGCUUUUGCUGAAGUGGCACGUUUGCUCAAAACCCCGGAGAUUGAACUUGAGCUAUUCGCGGUUGAUGUUCCACCGUUCAUUCAGGGUGAGCCAAGAGAAUCAUACUUCAAUGCGAUGGAAAAAACGUUCAAUCUGGAAAACGUGACGAGGGUGAAUGCAAAGAGAGUUCGGCUCAUUGGACUCACGAUUUCCGAAAUGGAGGCUGUUCUGAAAUGGGUUUCGGUCGAAAAUCUAGUGGUGAUUAGAGUGUACUCGGGAAAAAACUCUAUUGAUGAAAGGGGUGCGAUUGUGAUUCAAAAUAUGCUAUCCAUCUUCCCACAACUACAAGUGGGUAGCUUUCAUAUGAUAGUUUCGAAUCCUCUGGGCGUUGCGAAAACUUUUGAUGAAAUCUAUUCGGAUCGUCUUGUGAAAACUCCAAUAAUUCUGAAAGGUCUUGAUGAAGAACCCAAAUUCAACAUGAAAAUCACAAGUUGUGAUAUUCAAGUCAGAAGAGAGAGCAAAAAGAAGAAAGUUACGCAAAUUUAACGAAUUGUAUUUUCUUUUUAUGGUAAUAAAACUGCUAGUAUUU